AUGAAUCGUUCUGAGAGUUCCUCAUCCAUUGAACUUCAUCAGCAACCGCAACAAAUUCAACAGUAUCAAAACCCAACUCAUUCUCGAUUCAUGCCUCUCAUCAAUCCAAUGCCUCAUCCACAACAACAUUCUUUCGCUAUUAACAUGAACUCGAACAAUUCCUUGGAUUUCACACAAAGAAGGCCUUCCAUUUCCUCAAACAGCUCGACACUUUCCAACCUAGUCAAUUCAAACAUUACGUUUUCACAUCCAUCACCACCUGCACAACAUCAACAAAUGCACAACCUUCCACCAUCCACUCAUUCUGGUUUGGCUGGUGCAGCAACUAGUUGUGCAACAACAAAUUGUAACAAUAUCCAAUCCUUGUCGUCAUCAAAGAAUACAAGUAGCAGCUCCAACAACACCACAACUCCCAUGCAACUCUUGACUAAUUUACAAUCUGUGGACCAACAAACAGUGGCUCUUCUUCAAUUAGUUCUCAAUUCAACAUCAUCAUCGUCAUCCUCUCAAAACAGCCAUGUAUUAUCGAGCCCAACAACACAAUUAUUGUCUUCAUCAGGUUCGAGAAUUUCUCCACAACCAUCAGUCCUUGGUUCACAACACAUGACGACGAACUUUGAAAAUGGCGCUACGACUAGUCAUCAACAUUUGCUUCUUUCACAACAACAACCAACAACAAUGAAUUUACACACGAGCAGUCAGUCCUGCUCCCAAUUUUCCAAUCCAUCCAAUACUGGUAAAUGCACCACCUCGUACACUGCCAUGCUCAUUGAUGAUGAUGAUGCCAAUAAUAACACUGUACAAACAACGAACAACAACAACAAUCAAAAGAUGGACAGUCCUAUGGGUGCUGCACCACGACCUCCUACUACUACUUCUGAUAAUAAUACUCUUGAUAUUAGCGUCAACCAACAACAACCAGCACUAGGUACAACUACGACUGUUGCUUCAGUACUUUCACCUUCAUCGUCAGUCAGUUCCGAUUCCUACACGUACCCACCAGCAACAGCAACUCUUCACCAACAUGCUCACACCAACAUGGACCACAGAUUGGAUGAGAAUGGUAAAGCAUUGAGUCCCAUCUCCUCUUCGUUUUUCCUCCUCGCUUCAGAUGAUGAUACUGUAUUACCACUCAUGGCAAAUUCGAGUGAAAAUGUUCACGAGAUAACAACGAACGAAGCAUCCUCAGGAGAUAUUGAAGAAGAGCAUUAUCCAUUCUCCGCUGCAGCAUCGACGACGACGACAGCUCACCAUUCACCCAAUAGUUACCAAUACGACAAUGAAUCAACCCAAAAUAAGCAUGCAAGAUUAACAAAAACGAACACAAGACAAUCCAAAAGAAAAACUCCAAUUACCAAUUCUGAGAAAAAAGAACAAUUGGUACCAUCAACAGCAUCUCCUCGAAGAAAUAUGCAAUCCUCUUCCUCUUCAUCGCUCUCCAAUGCGACAACAUCAGAAUCUUCUCAACAACAACAUCAACCAACAGAAGAAACAGCACCACCUCCAAAGAAGAAGAGAACCAUUCGAGAUCGUUUGAUUUGGGGCGAAGAUUUACACGCAAAAUUCGUUCGAGUGGUUCAUGAAUUGGGAGUGAAUGAGGCACGUCCCAAAGAAAUUAAAAAGUUGAUGAAUGACGAUCGAGUAAACACCACCCAUAUCAAAUCCCAUUUACAAAAGUAUCGAACCCAUUUGAAGAAGAAGCAAUUAUUGGAGCAACAACAACAACAAGCAACAGAUUCAUUGAAUGGCACAACAGUCGUAGAUUCAACAUUGCAUGAAGCAAUGACGAGUUCAUCCAAAACCAAGAGAAGUCAUUCUUCCUCGCAGUCUUCCAAAAGAGGUUCGAAAAAGCUCAAAACAAAAAGUACCUCCGAGGCUGCCGAAACAACACCUCCUGCAUUGAACACUGGCGCCACUAGUCAUCAGGGUGACACAGAGCAUCAACAACAACAAUUCCUCUCGUCCUUAAAUUCAGAGUUUAACACCACGUCGUCAUCCAAGGUGUCACCAAAGAAGAGAUCACCUCUUGCUCACAGUUCCUCUCAAGACAGUUUCAAGAAUCUUGCAAAAGAGAAUCAUCAUCACUUGUUGAAAUCUUCAUCAUCGACGAGCAGUAAUCAUUUGUUGAAUAAUCACUCGAAUAGUAACUCUCAACAUGUAUUGGAUGCAUCAACGAAUUCGAAUCAAAUUCUCUCUUCCAUGCAUGUGCUUUCUCAACCAACAAGUAGCGACAUGUCAUCGACCACACCUCUCACCGUGGAACAAUUACUCAAUGCAUACAAUUCACCUUUCAACCCGAAGUUGAUACUCAAACUCUCAAUUUAA